UGGCUCACUUGUUGCAGUUAGCUGAACUGUCAAAAAAGCAUUAAAAAGUCAACAAUUUAUUUCUUAAAACUACGUUUUAAACUUUUAACAAUAUGUCUUAACCACAGCUGCACAGGUUUUGACUUUAAUACAUCCUAAAAUUUGUAUUUAUUUUUUGAAUUAUGGUGUCAAUUAUAGGUAGUUUGUGCGUUUGUAAGUUACAAGUCUCACUUGACAUUCUAUGAUACCGACCGAUUCAUUUACAUUCUUGUUUGGAGUCUUUGGAGAUAAGUUUCUGAAGAAAUGUAAAUUGAUGUUAAUUUGUAUAAAUUGUUAAUUGAGUAAACGUGUUGGAAGUUAUCAGAGGACCAAAUGUACCAACAGCGGUGAUGUCGUCGGUCCACUGUGUGGUGGUGUGGGAGUGGCAGAGUGGCGGCCAGUGGCUGCCGCACACGCCUGCAGUGACGCGCACCCUGGAGCGAGCCCACGCUAAGAAGCUGACGAGGGUUGUAUUAGCAGAUGCCGAUCCAGCGCUCAGAGGGCACUAUGUCAAUUUGAGAACACUUACACAAUGUUUGGAUACUCCAGAGGGCGGGUCGGCGGAGUGCCUGGUGCGGCGCUCGUGCUACGGCGUGGGCUCGCCGGCCGGGCGCGGCGUGCGCUGGGAGUGGGCGCGCUUCACCGCCGCGCCGCACGCCGCCGAGCUCAACUACGAGCCGCUGCCCAUGGAGAUGCAAUGCGUGGUGGAGGAGGCGUGGUGCGGCGGCGCGGAGAGCGUGGCGGCGGGCGGCUGGGCGCUGAGCGUGGCGCGCAUGACGGCGCGCGCCGGCGGCCACGUGCGCCUGCUCCGGCGCGCGCCGCAGCCGCCCUACCCGCUCACGCGCCAGGCGCCGCAGGAGCCCGGUGAGUCUACAGUCACCUGGCGCAUGACGGCGCGCGCCGGCGGCCACGUGCGCCUGCUCCGGCGCGCGCCGCAGCCGCCCUACCCGCUCACGCGCCAGGCGCCGCAGGAGCCCGGUGAGUCUACAGUCACCUGGCGCAUGACGGCGCGCGCCGGCGGCCACGUGCGCCUGCUCCGGCGCGCGCCGCAGCCGCCCUACCCGCUCACGCGCCAGGCGCCGCAGGAGCCCAGUGAGUCUACAGUCACCUGGCGCAUGACGGCGCGCGCCGGCGGCCACGUGCGCCUGCUCCGGCGCGCGCCGCAGCCGCCCUACCCGCUCACGCGCCAGGCGCCGCAGGAGCCCGGUGAGUCUACAGUCACCUGGCGCAUGACGGCGCGCGCCGGCGGCCACGUGCGCCUGCUCCGGCGCGCGCCGCAGCCGCCCUACCCGCUCACGCGCCAGGCGCCGCAGGAGCCCGGUGAGUCUACGGUCACCUGGCGCAUGACGGCGCGCGCCGGCGGCCACGUGCGCCUGCUCCGGCGCGCGCCGCAGCCGCCCUACCCGCUCACGCGCCAGGCGCCGCAGGAGCCCGGUGAGUCUACAGUCACCUGGCGCAUGACGGCGCGCGCCGGCGGCCACGUGCGCCUGCUCCGGCGCGCGCCGCAGCCGCCCUACCCGCUCACGCGCCAGGCGCCGCAGGAGCCCGCGCGGCGGCCGCGCAUCCCUCAGCAACACACGGGCUCGAGCGUGCAGUCGGUACAGUCGGCGCAGUCGGCGCAGUCCAUGCCGGCCGCGCCCGCGCCGCCGCCCGCGCCCGCGCCGCGCCGCGCCGGCGCCCGCAGCGCCUCGCCGCGCGACCGCAAGCCCGGCCUGGCCCGGCAGAUCUUGCACAACCUCAACAUAUUCAGUAACAGCAACAAGCCCCCGGCCGCUCCCGUGGAGCACAAGGCGCCGCGAGACAGCGCGGCGGAGCAGAAGCAGUGCGGCGAGCCCGAGUGCGGCAGCACGCGCUCGGGGCGCCGCCACAGCGUCGACACCGUGUCCACGUACCUGAGCCACGAGAGCAAGGACAGCCUGCAGCAAGGGUCCGUGGGCGAGCUGCUGAACUGCAGCGCGGGCAGCGACGACGUGUUCGACGCGCCGCGCGCGCCCGAGCCCCCGCCCACCUCCGACGGAACUAUUGUCGGCUCGGACAGCGCGGCGGCGAGCGUGUGCGGCUGGGUGCGCGCGGAGGCGUGCCCGCAGUGGGGCGCGCUGUGCCCCGCCUGCCUGCGCGCGCUGCGGGGCCCCGCCCCUGCCGUCGCGCUGACUCGCUGCCAGCACAUGCUGCACCUGCACUGCCUCAACACGCAGCUGGAGCGCCUGCGGGCGGCUGGCGUGAGUCUAAUUAAAUGUUUUAUGAACGUUGUGCGGGCGGGCCCGCAGUGGGGCGCGCUGUGCCCCGCCUGCCUGCGCGCGCUGCGGGGCCCCGCGCCCGCUGUGGCCCUGACUCGCUGCCAGCACAUGCUGCACCUGCACUGCCUCAACACGCAGCUGGAGCGCCUGCGGGCGGCUGGCGAGGCGCUAUACAUCGAGUGCCUGGUGUGCGGGCGCGUGUACGGUCGCUCCGAGGGCGCGGGCGCGGGCGCGGGCGCGGGCGGGGAGGGCGGCGCGCAGCCGGCCGGCAGCAUGGCGUGGAGCCUGCAGCCCACGCCGCUGCCGCCCUACCCGCACUGCUCGUCGAUACUCAUCACUUACAGCUUCCAGUCGGGGCGGCAGGGCCCGCGGCACCCGGCGCCGGGCGCGCCCUACUACGCCGUGGGCUUCCCGCGGCACACGCUGCUGCCCGACACGCCGCUCGGACGCCAGGUAACAGACAUUCACUUGUAGCUUCCAGGCGGGGCGGCAGGGCCCGCGGCACCCGGCGCCGGGCGCGCCCUACUACGCCGUGGGCUUCCCGCGGCACACGCUGCUGCCCGACACGCCGCUCGGACGCCAGGUAACAGACAUUCACUUGUAGCUUCCAGGCGGGGCGGCAGGGCCCGCGGCACCCGGCGCCGGGCGCGCCCUACUACGCCGUGGGCUUCCCGCGGCACACGCUGCUGCCCGACACGCCGCUCGGACGCCAGGUAACAGACAUUCACUUGUAGCUUCCAGGCGGGGCGGCAGGGCCCGCGGCACCCGGCGCCGGGCGCGCCCUACUACGCCGUGGGCUUCCCGCGGCACACGCUGCUGCCCGACACGCCGCUCGGACGCCAGGUAACAGACAUUCACUUGUAGCUUCCAGGCGGGGCGGCAGGGCCCGCGGCACCCGGCGCCGGGCGCGCCCUACUACGCCGUGGGCUUCCCGCGGCACACGCUGCUGCCCGACACGCCGCUCGGACGCCAGGUAACAGACAUUCACUUGUAGCUUCCAGGCGGGGCGGCAGGGCCCGCGGCACCCGGCGCCGGGCGCGCCCUACUACGCCGUGGGCUUCCCGCGGCACACGCUGCUGCCCGACACGCCGCUCGGACGCCAGGUAACAGACAUUCACUUGUAGCUUCCAGGCGGGGCGGCAGGGCCCGCGGCACCCGGCGCCGGGCGCGCCCUACUACGCCGUGGGCUUCCCGCGGCACACGCUGCUGCCCGACACGCCGCUCGGACGCCAGGUAACAGACAUUCACUUGUAGCUUCCAGGCGGGGCGGCAGGGCCCGCGGCACCCGGCGCCGGGCGCGCCCUACUACGCCGUGGGCUUCCCGCGGCACACGCUGCUGCCCGACACGCCGCUCGGACGCCAGGUAACAGACAUUCACUUGUAGCUUCCAGGCGGGGCGGCAGGGCCCGCGGCACCCGGCGCCGGGCGCGCCCUACUACGCCGUGGGCUUCCCGCGGCACACGCUGCUGCCCGACACGCCGCUCGGACGCCAGGUGCUGUCAGCGCUGCGCAGCCUAUGGGCAGCCGGUCUCCUAUUCGGCGUGUGCGCGUCACAGACGACAGGCCGCGAGCAC